AUGGCUUCUGUACAGUUGAGGUCUUUGGAUGAUGGAAAUAUAACUGAUGUGCCUGAAUCAGGUGUAACUGUUGUAGGAAGAGGACCGUUUUUAGAGAUAACUGAUAAAAGAGUUUCCAGGAAUCAUGCUAAUUUGGAAAUAGUGGAUGGCAAACUUUACCUAACUCCUAUUCAUGUGAAUCCAUGUUUUUUCAAGAAAGGGGGAGAAGGUAGUCAGAAAAUUCUUGAGAAAGAUGAGAAGUUCUGUCUAGAAGAAGGGGAUGUAUUUGGAUUACUUCCAGAUCAGUUGUUUUUUAAAGUUUUAUAUAAAAAUAAGCCUGUAAAUGGAGAUGUCAAAAAGGAGCCAGAAUCUGUGCCUAGUCAAACAAAUGGUGAUACAAAAUCAGAUGCAAAAGCUGAUCCAGAUGAAAGUUGGGAUAAAAGUAGUGAUAAUGAGAAAGAAGAAAAGAAACCUGAUAUUAAAAAUGAAAUGAAGUCAGAAAAUAAUAAUGAUGAAGCAUCUUCCUCAUCUGGCGCAGGUCCAUCAACAGUUACUCCCCCUGGUCAGAAAGAGAUGGCGUUACCAUUAGAAAGAAAGCGACAACUACCAGCAUGGUUGGUUCAAGCAGCUAAAACUGGACCAUCACCUGAGAAAAAGAAAACAGCACCUAAGGUUCCUGCUGCCAGUAAAAGAGCUCCCAGAGCAGCCACAUCUAAGCCUAUCCCAGAAGCCUUCCUGACAGAUGGUGAAGAUGAUGAUGAAAUUAUUCCAGUUAAAAAAUCAAGAGGUCGUCCAGCACCAAGAAAACCACCAAAAGAUUCUUUCAGUGAAGGAGAAUCUGAAGAAGAACCUCCUCCAAAACCUAAAAAUAGAUCAAAGACCUUAACUCCUGGUACACGAACACCUCGUAGAAAAGAUCAGUUCAAUAGUGAUGAAGAUGACAGUGAUGAACUUAUUGGUCGUAAAGCUAAACCAAUACCACGUCGAACAGCUCGACCACCCACUCCUGAAUCAUUUACACCUUCUAAACGUCCUGUCAGAGCUGCUAAAUAUGCCAGGGGCAGUUACGUGGAUGAUUAUAUUAUAGAGGAUGAAGAAUCAGAUGACUAUGAUGAAUUUGGGUCUCAGAAGAAGUAUGAAGAGGACAGUGAUUUUAUUAUGGAAGAUGAUGACUCAGGCAGUGAUUGGGGAUCUAAAAAAUCUAAAGGAAAGGGGAAGGGAAAGGCAGCAGCUAAAAAUACACCAAAACCACGAUCCACAGCAAAAGGUAGUCGAAGUAGAGGUCGAUCUCGGAAGUCAAGGUCAGAUGUAGACUCAGAUGAAUAUCUGGAUGAGUAUGUACCACGACCCAGUAAAAGACGAGCAAGUAAGGCAGCUAAGAGUGAAAGUGAGGAAGACAGUUCUCCACCACCCAAACCUCGGGAGACGAAGAAGAAGAAGAAACCAGAUAGUGAAGAUGAUGAUGAUGGAGAUGAUGAACCCAAAAAACGGAUACCUUGUGAAUUUGGCAAGAAAUGUUACAGAAAAAAUCCAGCCCAUUUUAAAGAAUGUUGUCAUCCUGGUGAUAAGAGUUAUGAUGAAGCUGAUGAUGAUGAAGCUGAUGAUGAUGAAAAGGCAGAAUGUCCUUAUGGUACUUCCUGUUUUAGAACAAAUCCUGCUCAUCAAGAACAAUAUUCACAUAAUAAUAAACCUAAAAAAGAUGCAAGUAGACCCAAACGAGAAACUGCAGGUAAGAAGAGUGUAUUACAGGGUGAUGAAGAUGACAAUGGAGAGAGAAAUACCUAUGAUUAUAAUGACUCUUUUUUAGAUAAUAAUGAGGCUGAGGAGUCAGAGGAGUCAUUCUUCGACCCUGCAGAAGAGGACUCAGAUUAUGACCCGGAGAGUGAAGAUGUGGCUGGACUCCUUAAAGAAGCUAAAGGCUUUCAGAAAAAUAAAAAAUUAGUGAAACCGGCCAGAAGUAGAUAG